AUGGAUGGGUGGACGCACCGCCUCCGGCUGCCGACUCUGCGCGAUCCGCGCGGUGCGUGGAUGACGUUUGCUGCCAUCUUCUACGUCGUCGGCGGCAUAGCGUGCAGCCUGUACUGCUACCUGCACACGGGCGAUCUGUCUGCCGCGGCUCUUGGUGGUGCAGUUCUGCUAGCUGCGCACAGCCGCUCAAUUGCCGCUUGGCUGGUGCACGAAUUCGCGCACUCGACGCUCUUCCUCGAAUCGGAGUGGAACACUGCGGCGGGCGUUGCGAUGAUGUGGCUGUGCGGCUGCCCGUACGUCGACUUUGUGCAUUGCAAGCGCAUCCACAUCGCGCACCACAAGGACCGUGCCGACACGGGAAGCUUUGACCAUCAGGAGGACCUGAGGAAGCUGCGGGCGCCGCUGCUGAACGCGGUGUACGCGCUCGAGUACUUCUACGUGCCGGUCGUCGAGUGCCUCGUCCACGCGCGCGUCGCCCUCUGCCCGCUCGGGCUCUAUCCGCUCGCUCGCCGCGACCCUUCCACGCCGAUGCGCAUUACCCUCACCGCGUUCGCCGGUGUGAUCGCACUGCUCGCGUUGUGGAGCCACUUAUGGAUCGCCGGCGGCGUGCGCGCCGUGGCCCUCCGCGCGGUCGAGGCCUGCCUGAUGACCCACUUUCACGCCAUCCACGACUGCUUCCAGCACACGUACGAGGUGAUCGCGGAUGAGAACUGGGAGACGAUGUAUGCACACGGGCCCGGGGAGCGCACCGCUGCGUACGAGGAAGAGAAUACCUACUCCAACCUUUUGAGCACCCGCUGGCCGCUGCUGAACCUGGCCUCACUGAACUUUGGGUACCACAACGCUCACCACGCCCGUAUGAUGACGCCGUGGUACGAGCUGCCCAACCUACACGCAAGGCUCUACGGGGCGAAGUCGUUCAUCCGUCUCCUUCAUCACCGCGAGUCGCGGCCGCAAUACCCCGGCCGAAGGUCGACAAAGAUGCCGUCGGAACAGCCCCGCUACAAGCUCCUGCGCGUGCCGGGCUGCGCCACGUGCGUACCGCGUGCCGGAGGAUGCAAAGGGCUGAUGGGACGAUUUUAA